AUGGAAUAUUCGCCUUCCCCGCGUCGUCGACUUAGUGACGAUCCCCCGCCCCGGAGAUACACAGGUUUCUCGAAUAGACGGCUGAGCCUAGAAAGGCAAUUUCGUCCGUCUCGCAGAAAUACUGAAGGAAGUGAAGACGAAUUUGACGUUUCUUAUGGUGGAGAGCCCGUACCCGCGCACACAGCUUCGGGGGAGCCACAACCCGCCACGGAGUCUUACGAUUUUCUGAGCACUUCACCACGCGCAUCACCACCAACCAGUGGCAGUUACAUCACAGAAAGCAACACCAGUAGUAUACCCAGUUAUGUUGAAGGGAUUGAGAAUGAUGGCACAAAGGCUGAAGAGGUCGAAGAGGCUGGCCUGUCGUGGACGGUGACCCUUCCGACCAACAACGAGCAAAGCAUGCUUUACACACAUAUAUCAGACUCAAACUCGGCUUGGAGAGCGAAAAAGUAUCAUGACAAGAAAAUUGGCACAACAACACUUGAAUCAAUUUACUCCAUCAAAUAUUCCACUGGCGAGAUGGGACAAGGAAAGAUUACACUUUUCUGUCCACAAGGCCCUAUCAAGGACAAUGAAGAUUCAGCACCAGUACAAGCCAAGUGGCUCCAUGUUCAACGUUCUUCAAUGAGUGUUAGAGUUUUAGAAAAACUCGUCAUGGAUUGCCCGAUAAUUAAUGCAGAUAUUCGGAGAGUUGCCGUUUUGCUCCUCGAGUCUGUCGAAAAGUCAUUUCUCCGGGAAUCUGAAAAUGGUGCAUAUAUUGAACCGGGAUCAAUUUUGCGAUUUAAUGGCACCCGCCAAGUACUUCAUGACGCGCACGACUUUGUAGUCACGGAACCGGUUAUUUUUGCUGCUUUCCCAUUCAUAGAGCUACUUUCAUCAAAAAACAACAGUGGAUCUCGCGACAGAGAUGAUUUCUAUCCUCGGACUCUUCUUCAGAAUCUUUACGGAUUUGACGUUGUCACAAGUCGGGGCAAGAAUCAGGUUAUUCAUAAGAUGCCAGUCAAUUGCCAACCACACGACACAUUGUAUGUCAACCAAUUGUGGUGCCUGGUGAUAGGCUCGGAUAUCUUAAUCACACUGUCAGAUCGGCCUCCGGAUGACUUGCUUGGUGACACGAUCGAGAAGCGUACCGACUACUUUAGACAGCCAUUGAGAAUCGAGAUUGUCGAUGUCAGUGGCUUUCAGCAUAGCAUGAACAUAUCAUCGAAGACUCCAUGGGUAGAUUUCUUUCGGCAAGUUAUCUAUAUUGUUCACGGCAAUCUUAUUACCAUUAUGGACUAUGACCUAGUUGAUCAGGCGGACGAAGUUGUAACGACGGAACGAUGGGCUAAACUGACAAAGGCUACAAGACCAUCGCUUCUGAAGUUUCAUCUUGUCAAAAGAAAAGCAUCAACAUCACGUUCAUCAAGUAUAUCUAGCUGGCGGAGCAGCCAUUCGGGAAUCAGACGACUUUUGCUGCUCGAUUACGUUCAUCGCGACAAUCGCCACAGCUCAAGAACAAGCGCAUCACGAGAUCACGCUGAUACAUACGAGGGAGUUCCGUCUUCUAGCGAAAAAUUGUCUACCUCUAAAAGGAUUCCUACCAGCGGCAUUGAGGAGCAAAGAGAAGCGGCCACAAACCUCGAAGCUAAUUUUUCCUAUAUAAGCGAUGGUGACAAAAAUACAACGUUGAAAGAAGAAGCUCCAGACAUCUCGACAGUAAAAGAUGCGGCUAGCUCUGCCGAGAAGGUUGGUACUCGACUAAGCGACGACGAGUUAAAUGAACGCGAAGAGGUGUCUAAUUCUCAAUCCAAUACGUCAGCUACAAUAUACCAAAAAGUCCAAAUAGAGGAUGGAUCUGACUCUUCUGAUGGAGACGAGAUAGACAAACGCAGUCACAAUGGUCUGAUUGGCGCUACAAUACAUGACACAAGGACCGAAUUCAGUUUGGGUGAUAAAAUGGUGCUAAACGACGCGCAUAGUUCUUGUCCAGAUAAUCUAUCUGAGCUUGGUCAUCUUGAAAGAACGCCAGAGACAAGAUUUAAUCUUGGAAAUAGUAACAGCUUUCCACAAGACAUUCCAAAUAGAGGGUUUCGCUCACGAUCCUCCUCCCCUUCAAAUUCGACAGAUGAAUCCUUCCAUUCACGUGGAAGGAGUCGUAUACGGAAACGACGCGCCUGGAGAUGGGAAAGCCCAAGUUCGGCGCAUGAUCCUUCGUCGCGCUCUGGGGUGCGCUUUCAGCCUCAGGAGCGGCACGCGAGCGAUAGAGACAGUGCAGAAAUGUCCCCCUAUGGAAGUUCAAAUGCUACCAAGGUAGAAAAUCGUCCUGUACAAAAAGCUGUCCCCUUUUUCUUCUGGAAACAAAGCAGCAUGACAAGUACAUUCUCAUCGCUCGACACCCAGGAACAGGCCUUGAUCAAGCUUCUUGACCAAAUAGAUGAACGCCUUUCCGGCGAUUCAGUUAGCAGGUACUACUUGAAAGUUCCGGAACUAACCAUGGAUGAUUUAUUAUCGAGGCAAGAAUCACUUCGUGAAUCGAGUUUGAAGAUGGAUUCGAGGAUUGAUCCCAGUGAAGACCGCCGAGUGAGUAAAUCCGGUGAACAAGGAACAAUUGAUUCAAGAACGGGGGGCGAUGAUAAUAAUGUUGAACGCGUGGAAGCGCUCGCCGCCCAUUUGGACAAUAAUCCAGUGAUAAAGGCUAAAGCUCCGCGAAGAGAAAAUGAGCCUGCUCUUGACAAUGCACCAGGCUUGAUAAACGCACCAUUAGGUCGAGGUGCCUGUGAGCAGACGCACUUUAGCCAAACGAAGGCUCUAGGCCUCGUGAGCCACGAUAAGGCACUGGCGCAACAAUUGAUUGAGCAACUAAUUUGGGAAGAGAACGAAAGAGGACGUGAAUCUGAGUGCACAUAUACCAUACGUGACUUUUCGAGCCAAGCCAAGAAAACGGAUCUUCAUAGGCGAAAGCCAACCUUGGCAAAAAUGCUCUACUUGGAUUGCAGAGAUUGCAAAGCCGCGAAACCUUACCAAUCGGCCAUGGAUGCGCUGAAUCAUUUGCAUGAAAGACAUAUUGAAUGCAAGCAUAAUGAAUCUGAUCGCCCGUACGAUGAUCCCUGCUAUGUAUGGCUGCGUCGCAUUUGGCAGGAUUGCUACCCCAUGCGAAGCUCUCGAGAUGGACUCUUGGGAAUCAUGGAAGAAUUUAUUGAGGAGCUAUCUUAUAUUAGCAACCACACGAGAGAGUUGCACAAUAUGACGACAAGAGAUUUCUCGGCAAGCGAUGCUGUCUCAACGCCUCCAUUGUCCAUGAACAUUACUCAAGCGUUUCAACAAAUCGUCAAAAUGUUCGUCUUUCGCGCCAAGCAGCUGUCUCUUAUCAAUCGGCGGCGAAGCUUGAUCAACGGAAGCUCACUUGAGAGUUUUCCGUUGAUUCAACGCAUUGAUCGAAAGAUUGAAGAACUAUUUUCGCUAGAAAUGGACGCCAACGAACGCAUCAUAGACCGCCUAGAGGAUGCCAAGAAAGAUAUUUUUCUGUCUGGAAUAGGAUCUCAUUCUGAAAUGCUGGAGGCUGAGACUGUCCGAGUCCAGUUUCUAGCGUUGGCAUUCAUGUCAGAAAUCCAACGGCCUUUAGUCCAGCCAUCUGCCAUGGGCCGUUCUUAUGUAAAGAAUACUCUCUUGCAGCUUUAUAAAGAUUACACAUCUCGGCUUCAUUUUGAGGCAAACAACCGACCUCGAAAACGGGUCUUUCUGGAUAUUCAUGGCCUCGAAGAAGAGCUUCAAGCAUUGGAUAAAUUAGCGGAUAGCCAGGAAAGCUGUCUCUAUAAUUUCCUCACCCUUAUCAAUCCCGUAACUUCUCGAUAUACUACGGAAACACGACUCAGAGAAUUUCGAGUCGAAGUGCAAUUUGGCAAUGAUCAGCUACACCACCACAUAGAAAGACGGCGAGAAAUUGACAAUUUAGCGACACGACUACGGAUUCUGAAGGAUCAAGUAAAGCAAACGAUUGAAAUAAUGGAAGAAGAUCAUGGAAAGGCGAUCAGGGUCUUUACUGUUGUCACACUAUUUUUCUUGCCGCUGUCAUUUGUUUCGAGCUUCCUCGGCAUGAACACCACGGAUGUGAGGGAUUCGGAGUGGAAUCAAGCAAUCUUUUGGAUAACUGCAGUACCGAUUACGGUAGGAGUUCUAUCACUCGCAUUCAUUUAUGGCUACAGAGGUGAAGAAAUCCGGGACUGGAUGAUUCAGACAUUGCAAACCCGUAGCCGUCAAGGUACGCCAUUAGCAUUUCACGAAAUGAGCGGACGAACAUCGCUCGAAACAAGACAGAAAGAGUGGUAUCCAGCUAUAACAGCAGAACAAGAUACAAUUGAGAAAAAAAGGUUCAGCAGUCUAGUAAGAAGCAGAAUAAAGAAUGUACCUGGCUGGAAGCGUCAUAUGAACGACACUUUCAAGGUAUCCGACGGGCUUGAUGGGAAAGUUUCGAUAAGGCGGCGAAACACAGACGAUAGUUUGGCACCUAUGAGGCAAUGA